ACUUUGAAACUGUUCAUGUUAAUAUGGGCGAGGUUUCUGAGCGUCAACCGAAAAUAAAGUAAACUGCCGUGAAACUGCAUUAAAUACUCAAACAAAGAGCAUUAAAUACAUUGCGAAAUCAAAGCGCUUUAUUGUGCAUACUAUACAACUGAUGAAACAUGUUUUUAAUCUGUGAUCCGUGAAAUAUCGCAUCUGACGAAUCUGUGGUAGUCGAACAUCUGCUGGAAAUACAGGUGAACAUACCUGCAUGCGCAUGACCUCAGUUAUGAUCCAUAACACCUGUUGAUAAUCCGAACCAGAUCCAACAAAUGAAGAAUCUUCCAGAAAUUGCAGUCUUUUGAAGGCCACGGAUGAUAAAACAUGAAGUUUAUGGAGAAAGGGCAAUUGAAAACGAAUGUUUCUGAAGGUUGAGUGAUUGAUUGAUCUGUGUUCAGUGUCAGUUUAUCUGAGCGAGGAAAGGACUCUCUCUCUAAGAUGAGUUUCUCAGAGAAACACAGAGUAAGAUCAGACUCGCAUGUGUCCAGCUCUGUGUCUCUGAAGAGUGACCAGUCAAAAGAUGGAUUUCCACCAGACUUCAGUGAGAGAAAACCAUCAUCUAAUAAAAGUGUGAGAUCAGACUCACAUGUGUCCAGCUCUGUGUCUCUGAAGAGUGAUGAUUCAAAAAAAGGUGAUCCACCAAACUUCAGUGGAGAAAAACCAUCUAAUAAAAGGCUUCAGUAUGAGACAUUAGACUCAGACAUUCAGACUCACAGGAAACACGAGAGUUUCAAAGACCAUCUCCUGUGGAUCUUCCAGGAUCUUGAGAGCAGGAUAAUCACAUUUCUGAAGAGAGAGCUAGAAAAGUUUAAGAAAAUAUUACAAAAUGAGAACACACAAUACUUCGUGAAGGACUUUAUUGAGAAUAGAUGCAGUAUCAAAGCCGCAGCUCUUGAUCUCACACUACAUUACCUGAGAGAGAUGAAGCAAGAUGAAGCUGCUGAUGUUCUAGAAGAUGAGCUGCUCUUCAUUCGUCAGCUGAAAUGUGGCCUAAAGAAGAAGUAUCAAUGUGUGUUUGAAGGAAUUGCAAAGCAAGGUGACUCCACACUUCUGAAUAACAUCUACACAGAUCUCUAUAUCACUCAGGGUGGCAGUGAACAGGUCAAUACUGAACAUGAGGUCAGACAGAUUGAAGUUGCUUCCAGGCGUCAUGAAUCUCAAGAGAUACAGGUUGAAUGCAGAAAUUUGUUUGAAGCUCCUGAACAACACGAGGAGAUCCGAACUGUACUGACAAAAGGAGUUGCUGGCAUCGGAAAAUCAGUCUCUGUGCAAAAGUUUAUUCUGGACUGGGCUGAAGGAAAAGAAAAUCAAGAUAUCAGAUUAAUAUUUCCACUUCCAUUCAGAGAGAUGAACUUAAAGGAGAAAGAAAAACUAAGUUUGAUGGACCUUAUAACUCAGUUUUUCCCAGAGACAAAAGGACUGGACCUUACAAGAAGGAAUCAAUUCAAAGUCCUGUUCAUCCUUGAUGGAUUGGACGAGUGUCGCCUUCCUUUGAAGUUUGAUUGUAAUAAAACGUGGUGUGAUGUAUCAUCACAAUCCUCUCUGGAUGUUCUCCUAACGAACCUCAUUAAGGGAAAUCUGCUUCCUUCUGCUCUCAUCUGGAUCACCACCAGACCAGCAGCUGCCAGUAAGAUUCCUCCUGACUGUAUCGACCGGCUGACGGAGAUACGAGGAUUCAAUGAUGCUCAAAAGGAAGAGUACUUCAAAAAAAGAUUCACGGAUCAGGAUCAGGCCAACACAAUCAUUGAUCAUAUUAAAAAAUCAAAGAGUAUCUUUAUCAUGUGCCACAUCCCAGUCUUCUGCUGGAUUUCAGCCACUGUUUUCCAUAACAUUCUGGAGGAGAAGAGAAAUAAUGAAGUGAAAAUCAAUCAGGCUGAUGCGAUGUCAAAAACACAGCAGGAAUCAAAUACUGAAGACACUCCCAAGACUCUGACACAAAUGUACACACACUUUCUUCGCUUUCAGAUCCAGCAGAGCCGCCGAAAGUAUGAUGGGGAAUACACAGCAAAUGUUUCCUGGGAUAAAAACGCCAUCCUUUCACUGGGGAAACUGGCAUUUCAUCAGCUGGAAAAAAACAAUGUGAUCUUCUAUGACACAGACCUGGAAGCCUGUGGUAUUGACGUCUAUAAGGCAUCAGUGUACUCAGGCAUGUGUACCCAGAUCUUUAAGGAGGAAACAGGGAUCACUCUUGGUACCAUGUACUGUUUUGUUCACUUGAGCAUUCAAGAGUUUAUUGCAUCCCUUUAUGCACAUCUGUUUCUAGACAUCAACAAGAAAAGUGUGUUUGUUCACGAGUCUACAAAACACAAAAAUAAAAAUUCGCUCAAGGCUCGUUAUGCAUAUCUGUUUCUAGACAUCAACAAGAAAAAUAAAAUCAUGAUUGAUUUUCUUAAGACUGCAGUGGACAAGGCGCUCGAGAGUGACAGUGGACACCUGGACCUUUUCCUUCGCUUCCUCCUCGGGCUGUCACUCCAGUCCAAUCGACGACUCUUACGAGGUCUGUUGAAACAGCAAGACGACAAUGACCAGAGCAACAAGGAAAUAGUUCAGUACAUCAAACAGAAAUUAGAAGAUAAUCUGCCUGCAGAGAGAUCCAUUAAUCUGUUCUACUGUCUGAAUGAACUGAAUGACCAAACUCUGGUGAAAGAAAUUCAGACCCAGCUUACCAAAGGAAGUCUCUCAUCUGGUGACCUUUCACCUGCCCAGUGGUCUGCUUUGGUCUUUGUGUUGUUGACAUCAGAGGAAGAGCUGGAGGAGUUUGAGCUUCAGAAAUUCAAGAAAUCAGAUGAGUGUGUCAUUAGAUUAUCAGCAGUCAUCAAAACCUCCAGAAGAGCUCUGUUAAAUUAUUGUAACUUAACAGACAAAAGCUGUCCAGCUCUGGCUGAAAUCCUUGGAUCAGAUACCAAUCUGAAAGAGCUGAACAUGAACAAUAAUAAUCUGCAGGAUUCAGGAGUGAAGCUGCUCUGCACUGGACUGAAGAAUAUAAAGUGUAAACUGGAGAUACUGAGGUUAAGUUGCUGUUCUAUGACAGAUAAAGGUUGUUCUGCUCUGACUUCAGCUCUGAAAUCAAACCCAUCACACCUGAGAGAGCUAAACCUGAGUGAGAAUAAACUAGGAGACUCUGGAGUGAAAAACCUCAGUGAUCUACUGCUGAACCCACAAUUCAAGCUGGAGAAACUACAUCUGAGUUACUGCAGUAUUACAGAGGAACAGUGUGUCAUCCUGACUUCAGCUCUGAAAUCAAACCCGUCACACCUGAGAGAGCUGAACCUGAGCAGGAAUAAACUAGGAAACACAGGAGUGAAGCACUUAUGUGACUUACUGAAGGAUUCACACUGUAAACUGGAGAGAUUGAAGUUAAGCUGCUGUUCUAUGACAGAUGAAGGUUGUUCUGCUCUGACUUCAGCUCUGAACUCAAACCCGUCACACCUGAGAGAGCUGAACCUGAGAGAGAAUAAACUAGGAGACUCUGGAGUGAAAAACCUCAGUGAUCUACUGAUGAACCCACAAUUCAAGCUGGAGAAACUAGAUCUGAGUUACUGCAGUAUUACAGAGGAACAGUGUUUCAUCCUGACUUCAGCUUUGAAAUCAAACCCGACACACCUGAGAGAGCUGAACCUGAGUGUGAAUAAACUAGGAAACUCAGGAGCAAAGCACUUAUGUGACGUACUGAAGGAUUCACACUGUAAACUGGAGAGACUGAGGUUAAGUGACUGUUAUAUGACAGAUGAAGGUUGUUCUGAUGUGACUUCAGCUCUGAACUCAAACCCGUCACACCUCAGAGAGCUGGACCUGAGCAGGAAUGAACUAGGAAACACAAGAGUGAAGCACUUAUGUGACUUACUGAAGGAUUCACACUGUAAUCUGGAGAGACUGAGGUUAAGCUGCUGUUCUAUGGCAGAUGAAGGUUGUUCUGCUCUGACUUCAGCUCUGAAAUCAAACCCGUCACACCUGAGAGAGCUGAACCUGAGCGUGAAUAAACUAGGAGACUCUGGAGUGAAAAACCUCAGUGAUCUACUGAUGAACCCACAAUUCAAGCUGGAGAAACUAGAUUUGAAUAGAUGCAGUAUUACAGAGGAACAGUGUGUCAUCCUGAUUUCAGCUCUGAAAUCAAACCCGUCACACCUGAGAGAGCUGAACCUGAGUGAGAAUAAACUAGGAAACACAGGAGUGAAGCACUUAUGUGAUGUACUGAAGGAUUCACACUGUAAAGUGGAGAGAUUGAGGUUAAGCUGCUGUUCUAUGACAGAUGAAGGUUGUUCUGCUCUGAUUUCAGCUCUGAACUCAAACCCGUCACACCUGAGAGAGCUGAACAUGAGCGGGAAUAAACUAGGAGACUCUGGAGUGAAAAACCUCAGCGAUCUACUGAUGAACCCUCAAUUCAAGCUGGAGAAACUAGAUCUGUGUUACUGCAAUAUUACAAAGGAACAGUGUGUCAUCUUGACUUCAGCUCUGAAAUCAAACCUGUCACACCUGAGAGAGCUGAACCUGAAUGUGAAUAAACUAGGAAUCUCAGGAGUGAAGCACUUAUGUGACGUACUGAAGGAUUCACACUGUAAACUGGAGAGUUUGAGAUUAAGUGACUGUUAUAUGACAGAUGAAGGUUGUUCUGAUGUGACUUCAGCUCUGAACUCAAACCCGUCACACCUGAGAGAGCUGGACCUGAGCAUGAAUAAACUAGGAGACUCUGGAGUGAAAAACCUCAGUGAUCUACUGAUGAACCCUCAAUUCAAGCUGGAGAAACUAGAUCUGAGUGACUGCAGUAUUACAGAGGAACAGUGUUUUAUCCUGACUUCAGCUCUGAAAUCAAACCCGUCACACCUGAGAGAGCUGAACCUGAGUGUGAAUAAACUAGGAAACUCAGGAGUGAAGCACUUAUGUGACGUACUGAAAGAUUCACACUGUAAACUGGAGAGAUUGAGUUUAAGCUCCUGUGAUCUGACAGAAGAAGGUUGUUCUGCUCUGACUUCAGCUCUGAACUCAAACCCGUCACAUCUGAGAGAGCUGAACCCGAGUGAAAGUAAACUAGGAUACUCUGGAGUGAAAAACCUCAGUGAUCUACUGAUGAACCCACAAUUCAAGCUGGAGAAACUAGAUCUGAGUUACUGCAGUAUUACAGAGGAACAGUGUGUCAUCCUGACUUCAGCUCUGAAAUCAAACCCGUCACACCUGAGAGAGCUGAACCUGAGCAGGAAUAAACUAGGAGACUCAGGAGUGAAGCACUUAUGUGACGUACUGAAGGAUUCACACUGUAAACUGGAGAGACUGAAUCUACAGAACUGUGACAUUACAGAUGUUUCCUCUUUAACUCAGGCUUUGACUAACUCAAAAGCACUGCAGUGUUUAAAAGAUCUUGAUCUGAGACACAAUAAUAUAGGAGACUCAAUGCAGCGGCUCCGUGACGUGCUACAAGACUCAAACUGUGUCCUGAGAUGAAGAUCUUUGGAAUCAUCAUGAGAGGAUCAGAAAUAAUCAGGUGGAACAGGAGGAAGAAGCUCAGAUGAGUCUAUCAGCAGAAAUCUUCAGGCUCUUCAGUAUCAGGCCUACAAAUAUAAUAAUGUUUGGAUUUUAAUCCAUAAUGAUUAAAAAAACAUGAGACAAAGUAUCAGAUGGACACAUAAAUGGAGGACAAGACUACAAUACAAUAACAGAUAUUCUGACUGAAGUAAAUCUGUUAAACACUUUUAAGUAUUAAAUGAAUUACCUAGAAAUGUAAGUAAAAUCCCUGAAGAAGUGCUGUAAGUGUUUGGGAACAGGUAAGGAUCUCAAACUGAAGUCUUCUGUAUCAAGCAGUUGUUGAAGGUGGAGUUUCGAGGAUUCAUCAGUGAGAAAACAGAAACAAUAACUUAAUGUACUGUAAAAAGAAAGAAACUUCUGUUUACUGUUUUUUUUUAAAACUAUUAUAAAACUUCAUAUUCUUACUGAUCAUGCUCACUGGAGAAGCAUUGUGGCUGUGGAAUACCCAUAAGCCCUUGCUCUUUAAUAAUUUUGUGUUUGGUCAAAGCAAAAUCUGUACUGUAAAUAAUUGUGAUAAUUAACAGAUCUUUGAGCUCCAAUUAUUAUUUAAUUAAUUAUUUUGUUGUGGUUUGUGAUUUUAUUUUUUCAUUUUUAGUAAAAUUGUUCAUAAUGCUGGACUAUAAUCUAGUGUUGUCAAAAGUACCGACUUUGGUACCUAUCGGUACUAAAAUUUUAAAAAUGUGACGCUUUGAGCGCUGUUG